AUGGCACGAGAUCUUGUACGCGAUCUCCGACGAGACAACCGAGACCAUUCCUACCAUGAAGCACCCUUGAAACAACCAAAAUACGCGAAUUCGACGGCCGCUCCUAUAGGUCAGAUCGGUCAGAACGGUCAGAUGAGAUGUCAUUACAUUCGAUACGACGGCAGGCAAGGUUAUGGCAAUAACAAAGAGAAAAUGCCCGUUAGUGUUGGUAUCUGUAUCGUUUUCGCUUUCAUCUCAGGAGGAGCAGUGCUGUUUAGCUGGUGGGAAGGAUGGAAUCCGUUUGAUGGCGCCUACUACUGCUUUAUCACUUUAAGCACAAUAGGAUUCGGAGAUAUCGUACCUGGGCAGGCGCUGGAUGAAGGCUCACAG